UGUCUCUGUGGUUCGGUCGCGGGCGGGCUUGGGUUGAUGAGGGCCGGUUUAGCUCAGGUUCUCGAGCCUUUCGUCACGACCGAGCUGGGCAGGAGGAUAGGAAUCACCGUCGCGUCUUUGUUCGGGCCGCGACUCCGUAUACCGGGCGUGUCCCCUGCUCGCUCGCCGGGCCGCAGCCUCUCGGGCCCUCUGCAGCCGCGCUCCCUCCCCGCCGUCGCCAAGGGCGGCGCCCUGGGUCUCGGGCGCCUUUUCUAGAAGGACUCGGCGGCGCGGAGUGCGACAGUCCGCCGAAGUCCCCGGGCGAGGCUGUGGGGGUCAGCAGGUCACCCGGUGUUCGCUCCCCCAGCGUCGCUCGACUCUCGGGGUCCCACGAUGGCGGCGGCGUCCUCCGCUCAGACACAGUUGUCGUGUUUCGGCACGCAGAGCUGGUUUACCGCAGAAUUGAUCCCCAGUCCUGAACGGUGUUGGGCUCUGACAGAUGCUUCCUAGGUUGUGGAACGACUGAGUGAUGCUUCCUUCAGGGGCUCCUAUCAUACUUGGAGUAAAUCCCAACUCCCACCUUGUUCUGCAAGGAUCUACGCUGGCCCACCUGUUCUUCCAACAGGUGUCUGUGACCUUCGAUGAUGUGGCCGUGAUUUUCACCCAGGAGGAAUGGGGGCAGCUGGACCUGGCCCAGAGGACCCUGUAUCAGGAGGUGAUGCUAGAAAACUGUGGGCUCCUGGUGUCUCUGGGGUGUCCUGUUCCCAGACCUGAGCUGAUCUACCAGCUGGAGCACGGGCAGGAGCUGUGGACUGUGAAGAAAGACCUCUCCCAAAGCACCUGUGCAGGUGACGAAGGAAAACCCAAGACCACAGAACCUACCACUUGUGAGCCAGCCCAGUCUGAGGGAGUCUCUCUCCAGGAACAGCUAACACAAGGAGCCCCAGGGGACUCCCAGGUGGGCCAAACCAAGGAUCAGGAGGGGCCAUUGGAAAUGCAAGAAGGAGACUUGAGACCAGGGAUAGACCCCUGGACGGAGAAGCUCCCUGGGAAAAUGAGCCCUGAACGUGAUGGUUUAGGGACAGCUGAUGGUGUAUGUUCAUGGAUUGUACAGGAGCCUGUCCCUCUGGGAGGUGCUGUUCUUGACCAUGACUCAUGUGGAUCAGGUAAAGAUCCCAUCAUUCGGGAAGAGGAAAAUAUCUUUAAAUGCAAUGAAUGUGGGAAAGUUUUUAACAAGAAACACCUCCUUGCUGGACAUGAGAAGAUUCACUCUGGAGUGAAGCCGUAUGAAUGCACCGAGUGUGGGAAAACGUUUAUUAAGAGCACACACCUCCUUCAGCACCACAUGAUCCACACUGGGGAGAGGCCCUAUGAGUGCAUGGAGUGUGGGAAGGCCUUCAACCGAAAGUCAUAUCUUACACAACACCAGCGGAUUCACAGUGGAGAGAAGCCUUAUAAGUGCAAUGAAUGUGGAAAGGCCUUCACCCAUCGCUCCAAUUUUGUCUUGCAUAAGAGGAGACACACUGGAGAAAAAUCUUUUGUGUGCAAAGAAUGUGGGCAAGUCUUUCGACAUAGGCCGGGAUUCCUUCGACAUCACAUCAUCCACGGUGGCGAGAAUCCCUAUGAAUGCUUCGAGUGUGGCAAGGUCUUCAAACACAAGUCAUACCUCAUGUGGCACCAGCAGACUCACACUGGGGAGAAGCCCUAUGAGUGCAGUGAAUGUGGGAAAGCCUUCUGUGAGAGCGCAGCCCUCAUUCACCACUACGUCAUCCACACUGGAGAGAAGCCCUUUGAGUGCCUUGAGUGUGGGAAGGCCUUCAACCACAGGUCAUACCUCAAGAGGCACCAGCGGAUUCACACUGGGGAGAAGCCUUUUGUGUGCACUGAAUGUGGAAGGGCCUUUACCCACUGUUCCACUUUUAUCUUGCAUAAAAGGGCCCACACUGGAGAGAAACCUUUUGAGUGCAAAGAAUGUGGGAAAGCCUUUAGUACUAGGAAAGACCUCAUUCGGCACUUCAGCAUCCACACCGGAGAGAAGCCCUUUGAGUGCAUGGAGUGUGGAAAGGCGUUUAACCGUCGGUCAGGCCUCACGAGGCACCAGCGGAUUCAUAGUGGAGAGAAGCCUUAUGAAUGCAUGGAGUGCGGGAAAUCCUUUUGCUGGAGCACAAACCUGAUUCGACACGCCAUUAUCCACACUGGAGAGAAGCCCUAUAAGUGCAGUGAAUGUGGAAAGGCCUUCAGUCGCAGCUCAUCUCUCACUCAGCAUCAAAGGAUUCAUUCUGGGAGAAACUCUGUCAGUGUAACAGAAGUGGGAAGACCGUUCACAAGUGUACCAACCUCAGUCACCCUCCGAGAACUCCUUUUGGGGAAAGACUUUUUGAAUGUAAACACCGAGGAAAGGCCUUUGGCAGAGAAAACAUCUACCACAGCAUCUGAUCGUACAUACCAAAACCAAAGAGAAACCCCACAAGUAUCUUCACUGUGAGAAAAUCUUUUGUUGCAGAUCAUUACUUGUCAUGUAAAGGCGUGUUUUAGAAAUUGACCCAGCCUCUAGAGCCUUAUCCUGUAUCUCAGAAUUCAUCCAUGAGGGAGAGACCAGUGCUUAUUGUACACCAAGGAUAACCUUCAGCUACAUCUUUCUCCUUAGUUUACACUGCAGUGUUAUCUCAGGAAGUCUUUUUACAAGGAGGAGUGGACUUAGAAAAGAAAAUGAAAUGCAAACACACUUUGUUUGAGACUUCUCUAUCAAGUCUACAGCACUUUGUCAUGGAUUCCUUAGUUUACUUGGGGCAAGGGGAAUGUUUCAGAAGCAAAUGGCCUUGACCCUUUAUGUGUCUUGUAUGUACAUUCAUUGCUGUCCAGUGUCAGGAGAGUUAGAGAGUUAAGGGAAGAUAUUUUAAGGAGAUAAGGAUACACGAAUGAGUGGCACAUUUUAUUGCACCAGUUAAGACUAUUUAAGGCUUUGAUUUUUAAAAGACAAACCAUUCUUUGUGUGGUUUUAGACACUUAACACUCCAACUUUUUGUUCGCAGUCUAUUGUUUAAUUUCUGCAGCUACAUGGUAAAUCUGAAAAUUGAGUAAAAUGAUUCCUCUUUAUUUUUAUUUAAAAUUGAUUUAGCUUUCCUAGUUCCUUUGACUUUCCAUAUAAAUCUUAGGAUAAGUUUGUCUAUUUUUACAGAAAAUCUUGCUCUCAUUUUGAUAGAAAUUGAUUUAAAUCUGUAGAUCAAUUUGUUGAGAAUCAUCAUGAACAUAGUACAUGAUAUACUGCAUUUAUUUAAGUAAUUCUUGAUUUAUCACCAUUUUAUAAUUUUCAACAGAGAGGUUCUGUACGUUUUUGUUAGGGUUUGUAUCUAGGUUUUUGGAGGGUUUUUUUUUUUUUUUUUUGAGUUAUAAUAAAUGGC